CUGACGUGAGUCACCUCCGCCCUCGCGUCCGCGAUGACACGUGUAAGAGUACUUGAGCUGGCUGUCGACUAUCGUCCACACAUACCCCGUCCUUCCCGUUUUGUGCGAGCUGGCGAUUCUGUACGGGUAAGUACCGCCCUCUGUCUGCGUACGUUUACGUACUCUCGAGCUUCCCUUCCAUUUUCAGCGCAGCGCCCCUCUCCCCUCCUUCCUCUUCGAGCUACAUGUCGGGCAGUCCCUCGAAGAGGAUCAACGCCCCUCAAGGAUAAAAAGACAGAGGUAUGUGCCGUGCAUGUCUCCUAAUCCUCUCACAGUCCCAUCAUCAUGCUCACCGCUUUGCAACUGCAAACUAUACAUUCCAUUAUCGACGCCGUCGAGAGUGAAGACUCCCCGUCUGGACUUUUCCACUCCAGCGAGCGGAAGUAUCGCCGUGCUCAGUACUUGACAAGUCAAGCACACAAUAUUCUCGUAACUCUGCGUGACGAAAUGAAUGCCGUCGACCAAGAAACCUACCAUGCUCUGUAUUCUCGCCUCGAGACUACAGCGAACUUCUAUGAUUCUUCUCGCUAUCUCCAGGUUGCAGAAGAGUUCUGGGAUUUUGUGCUAGGCGUCUUUCAGGGUGUUUCCUACCGCUUCGUUACUGGUCAAAACCAGCCCGGUCCCGCUUCUCCCCCACCUCCCCGAUCCGUGUCUGCGCCGCUGUCUUCUCCCAAGACUGCCGCUAGGACAGUAGCCACCCCUCCGCCUCCAUACAAUCGGUAUCCUCCAUCCCCAGUAUACUUUGUACCCGGAUGGGUGACCGGCUGGAUGCUGGUCUCGCAAUAGCACUUCACUUGAUCAUCGCGACCUUCGUUCUCUAUUGUAACGUGUACCUUCGAUAGCUUGCAGAGGAUGAGUACGGACUGCUAAUGCUUGUAUCCUACCCAUGUAUUCAUAGUAUUUCCGAUCACAUCACACCAUCGUCUAUAUAAAUCACCUGUGAUCAUGA